AUUUACAGGUUUAGGUCACGUGAACAGCGUGUGAGAGACUUUGAAUUUGAUAUUUUUAUGACAAAGACCACGUGUGUAGUGUCAUUAAUAGAGAAUACAAUUUCGGCAUAUCGCAUAAUAGACUACUACUGUAGCUUUAUAUUUUCAUUUUUAACUUCUAACUUUUAGAUGUCAUAACCUUUAAUAACAAUCAACUUUAUCCAGAGUUUGUCUUUUUCAUUUUGCAUUUCUACAACAAUGUUGUUUCUACUUGAAAAGUUAAGUAAAGUAAUUCUAUUUUAGCCUUAGGCCUAUAUCUUUUCUGACUUGAAAUAAUAGGCUUACGAGGUGUACUUGAAGGCACCAAAAGUCUCGGUCAAUUAGUUAAGUUUAGACAGUGAAGAGAGCUUGUAGUCGGUCUGUGAGCGUUCCACCAAUGACCAGCUAAAAACCCCUCACUGCUCCGACUCAGAUCUGCGGGGGUGGGGAGUCAACAAGUUUGGAAUUGGACUUUCAAAACCAUGGGAUUCGAGCUGGACCGCUUCAAGGGGACCGUGGACCCGGAUUUCAAAUGCAACUUGUGCAACAAAGUCUUGGAGGACCCGCUGACGACUCCGUGCGGUCACGUCUUCUGCUCCGGCUGCGUGCUGCCCUGGGUCGUCCAGCAGAGCAGCUGCCCCGUCAAAUGUCAGCGGAUCUCCGCCAAAGAGCUGAACCACGUCCUGCCUCUUAAAAACCUCAUCCUGAAGCUGGAGAUCAAAUGUGACAACCACGCGAGGGGCUGCGAUGCGGUGGUGAAGCUGCAGCAUCUGGCCGAGCAUGCCGAGAUGUGCGACUACUCCCCGGCGAAGUGCAGGAAUAAAGGAUGCAACGAGGUGCUUAACCUGAGGGACAUGGAUGCUCAUAUGCGGGAGACGUGCGACUACAGACCGGUGGGGAUAUGCGAGAGCGGCUGCGGAUUGAUGCUCACCCAUAAAGAGCAGAAAUUAAACAGCCACUGCUGCCUGAUCGCUCUGAAGGCGCACAACAGCGCGCUGCACUGCAAAAUUGUCAGCCUGGAUAGAGAGUUCAAGAAGCAGACUAUUAAAGCCAACAAGAGGGAGAAGUCACUCCUGGCACAACUUUCCGCCGUGCACAGCGAGCUGCAGAUGACAGCUCUGAAAUAUCAGAAGAAAUUCACCGAGUAUAGCGAGAGGAUCGACUCCCUCACCAGGACCGUGGCUUUCUCCUGCAAGGAAGGCGAGACUAAAAGCGUGACGGUUGUCCUUCUUCGUGAGGGCGGAUCUCUUGGUUUUAACAUCAUAGGAGGAAAGCCAUGCGCGGACGACAAUGACAGCACUUCGAAUGAAGGGAUCUUUGUAUCCAAGAUCGUCGAUAAAGGUCCAGCGGACAAGGAAGGAGGCCUUCAAAUCCACGACAGAAUAAUAGAGGUCAAUGGCAAGGACCUCUCCAAGGCCACCCACGACCAGGCGGUGGAGGCCUUCCGCACCGCCAAGGAGCCCAUCAUGGUCCAGGUUCUGCGCCGAGCCCCGCAUCCCAAACUGGUCAGCCCGGCUUCUGACUCCCAGGUCUCAGACAUCAGCACCCAGACCGACAUCACCCUCCAGCACAUCAUGGCCCUUACAAAGCUGCCUCCUUCUUUACCCCCCAUGACGGAGCUGGAGGAGUAUCUGCUUCCAGAGGAGCAUCCUCCAGGACAUGCAUACUUUGACCCCAAUGACUUCCUGGAGGGCAUACAGCAGGACAUAGAGCGUGAGGAGCUGGAAUAUGAGGAAGUGGAUUUGUACCGAGCCAAUAUCCAAGACAAGCUCGGCCUGACGAUCUGUUACAGGACUGAUGAUGAGGAUGAGGCUGGGAUCUACAUUAGUGAGAUUGAUCCAAACAGCAUUGCUGCAAAGGAUGGCAGAAUUAGAGAAGGGGACAAAAUCAUUCAGAUCAAUGGUGUUGAGAUCCAGAAUCGGGAGGAUGCUGUAGCGCUGCUGACCAGUGAGGGGAACCAGAAUAUCUCUCUGCUGGUGGCCAGACCAGAGAUCCAGCUGGACGAGGGCUGGAUGGAUGAUGACAGGAACGACUUCCUGGAUGACCUCCACAUGGACAUGCUGGAGCAGCAGCACCAUCAGGCCAUGCAGUUCACUGCCAGCAUGCUGCAGCAGAAGAAGCAUGAGGAGGACGGAGGCACCACAGACACAGCCACACUGCUGUCCAACCACCAUGAGAAGGACAGCGGGGUCGGUCGCACAGAUGAGAGUACGCGAAACGACGAGAGCUCGGAGCAGGAGAACCUCGGUGACGACCAGACCACGGCCUCCAACACUCUGGGCAGCUGCAGAAAGCUGACCUACAGCCAGGACACCCUCGGCAGCGCCGACCUGCCCUUCAGCAGCGAGUCAUUCAUCUCUGCAGACUACGCUGACACUGACUUUCUGGGCAUCCCGGCUGAUGAGUGUGAGCGCUUCAGAGAACUCCUGGAGCUGAAGUGCCAGAUGAGGAACAGCGGAGCCCAGGCUCUAUACUACCAGGGUGGUGGGGCAGGAGGUCAGGACCAAGAGGGUGUAGACAAAGAGCUGGAGCUGCUUAACGAGGAGCUGCGCACCAUCGAGCUGGAGUGCCUGAAUAUCGUCCGUGCUCACAAGAUGCAGCUGCUGAGGGAGCAGUGCCGUGAGUCCUGGAUGCUCCACAACAGUGGCUUCCGCAACUACAAUACCAGCAUCGAUGCACGCCGCCAUGAGCUCUCAGACAUCACAGAGCUGCCAGAGAAAUCAGACAAAGACAGCUCCAGUGCCUACAACACUGGUGAGAGCUGCCGCAGCACCCCUCUCACGUUGGAGCUGUCGCCAGACAACUCGCUCCGUCGAGGAGCAGAGAAUCAGGGUCCGGCUGGGGCGUCCGGCUCCACCAGCUCUAUUGGCAGGAUGCUCAAACCACUCCUGUCCCCAGUCCAGGAAGCCUGUGGCCCCAGCCGGAGCAGAGGCUCCUCCAAGGAUCCAGACGGAACCCUGCAGGUGGAGAGCAAGGAGAGGAAGCUGGGCGAGUCCAGUAAGUCCGGGCGGAGCUUUUCCCAGCCACAUUCACCUUACAAGCAUGCCCACAUCCCCGCCCACGCCCAGCACUACCAGAGCUACAUGCAGCUGAUCCAGCAGAAAUCAGCCGUGGAGUACGCCCAGAGCCAGAUGAGUCUGGUCAGCAUGUGCCGGGACCCCAUCACCCCCAGUGACCUGGAGCCGAAGAUGGAGUGGAAGGUGAAGAUCCGCAGCGACGGCACACGCUACAUUACCAAGCGGCCUGUCCGGGACAAGCUGCUGAGGGAGCGUGCCCUGCGCAUUCACGAGGAGCGCAGCGGUAUGACCACAGAUGACGACGCCAUAAGUGAGCUGAAGAUGGGCCGCUACUGGAGCAAGGAGGAGAGGAAGCAGCACGCAGUUCGCGCCAAAGAGCAGAGGCAGCGCCGAGAGUUCAUGAAGCAGAGCCGAGCCGAUUGUCUGAAGGAGCUGGCUGGCCCAGAGGACAAAAAGGAGCCCAACAUCAUCGAACUCAGCCACAAAAAGAUGAUGAAAAAGAGGAAUAAGAAAAUAUUUGACAACUGGAUGACCAUCCAGGAACUGCUGACCCACGGUACCAAGUCACCAGACGGCACAAGGGUUUACAACUCACUCCUGUCUGUGACCACAGUCUAAGUCCUGCUCUGCGUUCAGGUGGCAGGCCAGCUAGAGAAGGACAGACUGGAGUGUGAUGGACUGUACAUAGGACACUACCAGUCGGGGUAGAGAUUCCUGCCUCGUUCAAUGUGGCAACAUUUUGUAAAUACGAAAUAAGGAAAGCCUUUCCUGGAUGAACAUUUUCCACCACUGCGGUGAAGAGAAGGUCCUUUGAAUGAUGGUUGGACUUGACACGAAUGGGACAUGGCUAUGACGUUGAUUUUGGAAACUUUUUUCAAAUUCUUUCAAUUACCUUUUCUACCUUUGUGCUUGCUCUUUUGAAUAAUUUUGGAAACAAAAACACAAUAUUUGACUUUUUUGGAGGGUUUUGAAAGUGUGUAAAGACUGUGUGCCAUAGAUAAACAGCCAGCAUUUACACUAUUUUACAUUAUUUUGUUAGUACUAUAUAUAUCUCUUAUCAGUAUUUUACUGUUAUGCAUACUUAAUGCUUUUAUGGAAACAAUGCUAUUUUCCUGCAAGGUAGAACAAGUAAUCCUUUUCAAAAGGACUUUUGUAAAUUCAAAAAUAAAAUUUUUGUAACAAAUCCACUUUUUUAGUUUUAAUUUCUCUCUAAUGGUGCUGAUUUCCCAAAGUUAACACCACCAGCGAUGUACCAUCUGUCACAUAAUGUAGAGAAUAUCAUAACGUGAUAUCAUUGUGUAUGUACGUAUCUUUAGAGAAAGAUGUUUCCCACAUUGAAAUUUAAAUGUCUGUGUCAGCAAAAGCGACUACAAGGUGUGCUUUAGCAUUCUUAGUUUCAUGUAUUGAACAGAGUAACAGCUUUACAAAUCCUUAGUUAGCCACACAAUUUGAUGUCUUGUAAAAUGAAAGAAAUAAUAAAUUAUUGUUUUAUAUAUGA